CAGAUUCAGUGGCUGGUUCAGUAUCUGGGUCAGUGGUUGGUCUAGUUAAUGGUGAGGUGGAUGGUUUAGUGGCAGACUCAGUUGUUGGUUUGGUAUCUGGUUAUGUAGUUGGUCUAGUGGCUGGUGUUGUGGAUUCAGUCGUGGGAGCAGAAAAAGAAAAGGUUACUGGAGUUGCAGGAAAGCAGGUUGACAAGUUGGCUGGCUCAGUUGAAAGGGAGAAAAGAAGUUGUGGGAAAGAUAAUAUAAAGACAGCAGUGAUUGAUAAGGAAAAAUUUUGGGUGGAAAUCUCUCCAGGGAAAGUGAGUCGCACACCAAUAAAGAGCAAACAACUAGAAUUUGAACAAGUAUCUAUGGAGGCAGAUUAGGGUUUUAAAUUGAUCCACUGCCGUCGGUGUGGCCUCUCGCUCACCGACGAGAACCUUCUUCUUUCUUCCUCCUCUUCCUUUCUUUCUCCUCUUCUUUCCUUCCAUGGUGCUACGUCUCUCCGGUUCGCCUAUGCUCCUUCCUCCUCCUCCAGAGCCGCCGCCGGUUACUUUUCUUCUAGAUCUAGCAUCCAUGAUUGCUCCUCUGGACCUUCCCAUCCUUCCCGACCCUCCCGACCACUCUGGUGCACCGGAUCUGUUCUCCUUCACCCUCAAAAUUGCAGAGCCUCCUUUUGUUUCUGGCUCAUCAAGAUGGUGCGUGGUCACCUCUAUAGCCAAAUUUGUUGCUGCCUUUCAUGCAUUUUAUGCUGCAGCUUGUUCGGGCAGUAGUUCACUGUGUGUGUCUUAUGAUUCCCAUGGCUUCAUCUCACUUUCUAGCACUUUAGGUAUCUCUAUCUUAAGUUGCUUAUGUGCUAUGUAUGCGUCUAUCCAGUGUGUUUUUGUUUCCCGCAUAGCUUUUGAUGCAGCGGUUUAUCUAACCAGUAUGGUUGCUUUGCUGUACUUGAACAAUUCCUCCAUGGUUGGAGUUUAAGUUUUA